AUGGACUCAUCUAAAAUCUUUGCAUACAUCUUAGCCAUUCUCUUGCCUCCUCUUGCCGUCCUUAUGGUGAGCGGUGUCGGUAUGGACUUGGGUAUCAACAUUCUUUUCUGUAUCUUGGCUUGGUUCCCAGGCUCCCAUCAACACCGUCUACAACUGCCAUUCCUCGCAUUGACCCUUCCCCGUUCUCGGCGUCGGGCCACAAAACACCCUCCAGCAGUUCCCGUGGAACAAGUUGGACCCCUAUUGCAGGAGCAACCAGCUACAUGUCCCGCAACAAGAGACGUUUUCAGGAAAAAAUAA